UGGUCAUACCUAGAAAUAGAAUCCAAUGAGAAAUAUCCUGAUGGGCUGCAAGCAUAUGGAGCAGGUUUCGUUGAGGGAGUCCUAUCUCGUAGAGUCAUCUACUGGUUCUGGUAUAACUCACGCAAGGAUUUCUGUCAGGGUCAAGAAGUUCUCUGUGGAAGAAUUAAUACAUAUCUUGUGGACAAUAUGGCAUGGCUUGAACAGAAGAUUCUUUGGGAGAAGGAUCCUUACUGGCAUCAGGUAUAUAUCUUCAUGGAUUUGAUGAAUCUCCUUCUCUUGCCAAAUUAUGUCAUGCUUAAUCUCUUUGCUGUAAUUGCUCUUAUUCAGGCCAAAUUGGCUCUGGAUCAAAUACAUGGGAUAGUAGAUGGGUACAAUGAAGCAAGAAAGAAGGACCCAGAUGCAGACCUGCCUUUCAUCCCUUUCUCAGAAUUCCUGUGGAUGCACAUAUCAGGAGACCUGGAAGAUCUCACAACUGCUUUCUCCCCAAACCAGGAAGUGAUGACAAAUCCUGAGUUGCAUUCUGCUCGGGUUCUGGGGUCAAGGUGGAGCUCCUGCUCAGCCCUUGUCAAGCUUCUACCAGACUUCCAGGACCUCUUUGUGUCUCAUGUCACAUGGAAUACGUACCAGUCAAUGAUUCGAGUCUUGAAGAAGUACACUCUCCCCUUCCACAUGACUGAAGAUUCUAAGAAGAGAAUUCCAGGUCAUUCUGUCAGUUUUUCCAGCUACCCUGGCAUGAUUUAUUCUGGAGAUGACUUCCACCUCAUUUCAUCAGGACUGGUGAGCCUUGAAACAACAAUUGGGAACUCAAACCCUGCUCUUUGGAAGUACAUCAAACCUGAAGGUCAAGUGGGGGAGUGGCUGCGAACUGUCCUAGCCAAUCGACUUGCUCGAACAGGAGAACAGUGGACAGAAAUUUUCAGUCGCUUCAACAGUGGGACAUAUAACAACCAGUGGAUGGUUGUUGAUUACAAGAAGUUCAAGCCUGGGAAGCAGCUCAAUGAGGGUGCUCUUUGGGUUUUGGAGCAACUUCCUGGUCAUGUCAAGUAUCAGGAUAAGACUGAAGUCCUCACCAAUCAAGGAUACUGGCCAAGCUACAACACACCGUAUUUCCCUGAGAUAUUCAACUUGAGUGGUUCUCCUAAAAUGGUGGAGAAGUUUGGUGACUGGUUCACAUAUGACCACACCCCACGUGCCCUCAUUUUCAAAAGGGACCACAACAAAGUCCUUGACCUUCAGUCAAUGGCACAACUCAUGAUGUACAAUGACUUCACCCAUGAUCCCCUUUCGCACUGCAACUGCACACCCCCCUACAGUGCCGAGAAUGCCAUUUCUGCUCGCAAUGACCUGAACCCAAAAAAUGGAGUGUACCCCUUCCCUGCUUUGGGCCACAGGUCUCAUGGAGGCACUGAUAUGAAAGUCACAUCCUCAAAACUCUUCCCACGUCUGGACUACUUGGCACAGGGUGGACCUACUUACCAUAAUGUACCAGCUUUUCGCUGGUCAGAGGCAGAUUUUGCUGAUGAUACCCCUCACCUUGGCCAUCCUGACCUUUGGAGGUUCCCAAUUGUCCACAGCAAUGGAAAUAUAGGGAGACGAAAGCAGAGCACGAACAAGGAUCAAGAAUGCAGAUUGGUCUAUAGUUGCUUGAGUGAUGACUUGGGAACUGCACACCACAAGAUUGGCAAGAAUUCGCAGCAACAAGCCCUUCCCGUUGGCUGCUACGCGAAUCUUCGACCUGGCUGCGGAUCCUCUCCCUCAAGUCGCGCCCAGAAUCCUCCACCUCCAUUCCACUGCGUUUCCAGUGAUGAAAAGAGAGUAAGAAAACGACUGGAAAUUAUCGUCUCGAAGCUACUUGGUCACGAUGGUCAACAGGCUGGAGAGCUGAGAUGCUCUCUCGUGCGCCAUAGUGUACUGCUUCGGGGAACGCAACGGGACGAUGCAGCCGGUAGAGUCGAAGAUGUCCCACCGGAGUCGAAGAUGCCCACCAGAGCUGAGGAUAUCUUCCCAGUAAAGCGCGACCAGUCGUCUGGCGUGGAUCGCUCCCUCCACUCUGCUCGCUUAACAUUGGUGCAACGGAUCCCGGUGCUGUUCAUCGUGUUGUCCUUCAGACUCUGCAUGUGCCUUGUGGGCGGGGCUGGAAACUCCUUCAAAGUGAAUGGACACGAAAAUUUCCUCCUCGAGGACACGUUGACGGACGGGGAGCGGGAAAGGCGAAUACAGUAUAAUGGCAUCAGUGCCAAGGAAACGUCUGUCGUUUCCUACCAAAACGGAUCCAGGUCGGGGCUGUCGCUGGUGCAGGUGACAGAUGGGAAGCGUUUCCUGCAAUCCAUCUACAAUGCGGAUGGAGUUCUCCAGGAUUGUGAAUACAUGAAAGACCCCAAGACGGCGAGGGAGUUCCUCGACGGCUUCAUGGACGACGCGGAGAAGGAAGUCCUGUACGCGCAGGGGGGGACCUACCUCGCCAUCGACCCGUCAUCGGGGCUGAGGAACGUCUCCCUCAAGCUCUUGCCCGACGACGACGUGAGCGGGCUGGACCCGGAAUUGCAGCGAAUGGUCGAAUACCCGACCCUCAGGAGAGAGUGCAAGAAAUUGCAUAAAGAUCUGAAGAAAUUGGCACAUCUCUCCCAGAGUCCGGACGAGGAGACGAGGCAGCAGGCGGAUGAGCUCGUCAGGAAGAAGCGGGAGAUCGGCGGGUCCUCGGUGACGAUGGGCAUCAUGCCCGGGACGAAGUGGUGCGGGAUGGGGAACGAGGCGGAAGAGUUCCGCGAGGUGGGCGUGUACACGUCCUCGGAUACCUGCUGCCGCGAGCACGACCAUUGCCCGUCCAAAAUCAAGGCCUUCUCAUCCGAGUUCGGGCUCUUCAAUCUGCGGUUCCACACCCUCUCGCACUGCGACUGCGACGACAGAUUCCGGACGUGCCUGAAGAUGACAAACACGGGGGCGGCAAACAUGGUGGGGAAGGUGUUCUUCAACGUGAUCCAGACUAAGUGCUUCGUCCUCAAGCCGGAGAGGCAAUGCCGGAAGAGGUCCUGGUGGGGAAAGUGCCUGGAUUACGGCUACGUGAAGACGGCGCAUCUCAGGGACCCCAUUCCCUACUGAGAAAUGUAUCGAAUCCUCGACUCCCGGGCAAAAGCUUUCCCACACUUCAACAUAAAGGAAUAAAAAAAAAUAAGCACGUAAAAUGAGAUAUCCGAACGAUACGGCGCUGAUACGAAUACAUGACGAUACUCCGAUCGCGUCCAACGGACAAGCCAUAAAGGUCUACCGACAAAAGCCCAGAGAGAUUACAGUGACCUUGUGCAUGGAACAGGGGCUCUCAACCUCUUGCUUCUUCCGAGUGAGGGUUCACUGAGGGCGUCAAGAGUGACAGCUAGUCACGCCUGAGACAACUCAGAGAGACACCGGAUCCCCCUCGAGAUUACGUCACUUGCGAGUGACGCAUCCGUAACCCCUGCGAUGAGUCUUUUUUUUAUAUACAAAGGAACCGAGUAGAAGGGUUGAGGGAUGUCAUGACUGGUCUCGAGUGUUUAUAAAUUAUUUUGCGUAUGUUCUUCAGACGUUAGAAGAUGCUGAGCAAGCCCUAUUCCAUCCGUUGGAUUCAACGGUUUCUUCAACCAUCACCGUUAAUCUAAGGCAGGGGUGCACAACAAACGGCCCACGAGGUCCUUGCUGGCACCCGCCAUGACUGGUGGCGUUGUACUACUAGUGUUUUUCACUUGAAUUCGACACUCAUGCAUGAGGAACGUCCCAUGCACGUGUCUGAGUCAAGUGAAAAACACUGUAUGACUCAUGCCCUGUUGGCUACAGCUAUGGUCAGCCAGAUUGCGGUCCGCGGUAUGUGAUUAAAAGUCGCGAAGUCUUUUGAGUUGUGCACCCCUGAUCUAGGGGAUCAUUAUCAGUUCAUCAUUUUCACGAUCACUCGUUUCCCUUUCCUCUUUCAUUUUGGGACAUCCGCCUCAUAGAACUUCACGUUGCUCGCAAAUUUUUAAAGCUAAGCAGCACGAUUUAGAGUCACGGAACAUGGGCAUCAAAGACGAAAAAAAAAGGUGUCCAUGGGUCAGCUCUACCAUUUCUUCACUUCGGCAGGACUUUUGCCCGGGAGAUCGAGAUGUCUCUUCCCUCAGUUCUGCUUUUCUCUUUCUCUCAUUCCGUCUCCUGCUCCAGUCUGCUUACAGCAAAGGAAAUUCCUCAACUUUCGGCAUUUCCAUGUCUUCGUGCACGAAGUGCACGGUUUUAUAUUUGAAUCCCGUUUCUCUACUAUCUACGUCAGGUUGACCUGACUUGUUGAAUCUUGACC